CAAAAGAGUACACAUAUGCACAGUUUCCUACAAAAUUCGUUUUUGAUAAACAUUCUAAGAAAUGGAAGCUACGAAUAUGUGGAAAUGCUAUUGGGCGUAUAUAUUUCGUAUAUCCUAAUGCAGAAGGAGAUAUUGAGAAUCGAGCAUUGAACCUCUUAAAUGAUAUUCUAAAGCAGCAAGGAAAAACUUUAGAAAAAUUUCCUAAUAUGCCAGUGCAAAGUGAAUUCGCCGGCUGGUUACUAAAACUUGGUGAGGGACGUUUAUCGGAAGUAGUGUACAAUAACAGCAUAAUUUCCUUGCCAUCAGAUAUGGUUCUUAGAAAUAAUAAUAUGCCUCAGAAAUUAAUUGACUUUGUCUAUGCGGAGAUACAGAACAGAUUCCAAAAUGCAACUUACUUAAUAGAAAGAGCUAUUCUCGCUUCACAAAAUGAUGACAUUGAUAUGUUGAAUUCUGAAGUGCUUGCCCGAUUUCCUG